AACCGGUCGGCAGUCAGCCAGUCACAGCAAAGAAUGGAGAUGCCGGGGGUGGAGAUCGGCGAGCCAGGGCCGUCAGCGCAAAGUGGACAGCCGGCAGCGGCUCUGCCAGACCCAGCAACUGCCCCUGCUAGAGCAGCCGCCCAGUCACCCACCCAAUCCACUAACAGCACGACCUCCUCCAGCGGCCCAGCCAGCUUGGCGAGGUCCAGGUCCAGCACCGGCGCCAGCACCAGCAGCCGGAGUUGGGGGGAGGCGCACUCGGGAGGCCCAGCCCAAGUGGAAAAGUUCCCCGACUUGCCCACCCACACCACUAGUCCCGAACAUCAACAGCAGCCUCUCCAUCAUCCUCAUCAUCGCCAGCACCAUCACCACCAGCCUGCGUCCGAGGCUGUGAGACGAGACGGCACCUGCGCCCACACUGCUGAAGGAACCCCAGCAGCAGCAACACCAACCCCCGUCCCCAGGCUAAAUACCGACCACACCGAACUUACAAGUCCCGGACCGCCGCCCGCCGCGUCUUGUCCUGCCAUCGGCCGUCCUCCAUCGCUUUCGAUCUAUUCGACUGCCUCGUCGUCCGAUCACUCGAGUUCGCCAUCAGACGGAGACUUGGUCUUUGAUUCGCGUCGAUCAUCCGUUGUCACCAGCGCCUCGACCGCAUCCGCAUACAACUACCCCCUAUCUUCUUCCUGUCACCAGCCCGACUCCUCCCCGGAGCAGCCGCUCACGCGUACUCGGCGGGACGCCAAACAAUUGCAUGCCGCCCGUUUAGAGCGCUCAGGCUCGAUCAGCCUAGCUCUAGCCAGCACAAAGAGGGAAGCAUCAAGCCCAGGACUCCGGAACCCGACCAGAUUCCAGAGGGCUUCCUCCGAACCCACCCGCGCUCCCAAGCUAGUUACGGAGCAGCCAGCCGGCUUCACAAAGAUGGCUUUCGCAGAGCAACAACAAUGGAUUACGGUCCAGCAAAAGACCUUCACCAAAUGGCUAAACACCAAGAUUGAGGUUCGCGGCCUCGAGGUCAAGGACCUGGUAAAAGACCUCAGCGAUGCUGUCAUGCUUAUCCAUCUACUAGAAUGUCUUUCUGGCGACUCACUUGGACGCUAUGCCGCCAAACCGAAGCUCAGGGUCCAGCGUUUCGAGAACGCCAACCUUGCGCUAAACUUUAUCAAAUCACGAGGUAUUCAGAUGACAAACAUAGGUGCCGAGGAUAUCGUGGAUGGAAAUCGAAAGAUCAUUCUAGGUCUCAUCUGGACACUCAUUCUGCGCUUCACCAUCAACGACAUCAACGAAGAAGGUAUGACAGCCAAGGAGGGUCUGCUAUUAUGGUGUCAGCGCAAGACAGCGUGCUAUGACGAAGUGGACGUCCGCGAUUUCAGCGGCAGCUGGAAUGAUGGUCUGGCCUUCUGCGCCCUUCUCGAUAUCCACCGCCCCGAUCUGAUCGACUACGACGCCCUCGACAAGUCGGACCAUCGGGGAAACAUGCAGCUGGCUUUUGAUAUCGCUCAUGCGGAGAUCGGUAUCCCCAAGCUGCUCGAUGUUGAGGAUGUGUGCGACGUUGCCAAGCCCGAUGAGCGUUCGUUGAUGACCUAUAUCGCCUACUGGUUCCACGCCUUCUCACAGAUGGAGAAGGUCGAGAAUGCCGGCCGUCGUGUGGAGAAGUUCUUCAACAAUAUGCAAGGUGCCUGGGAGAUGCAGAGCGCUUACGAGCGUAGAAUGGCCGCUCUUCUCAAGGCUAUCCGCGAGCAGGUCGUUUCUUGGAAGGGGUCAACCUUCGAUGGCACCUAUGCCGAUGCUAAGGCGCAGGCGUUCCAGUUUGCAUCAUACAAGAAGGGUAAGAAGAGAGAGUGGGUAGCGGAGAAGAGCGAUCUCGCAACAUUACUCGGAAAUAUCAAGACAAAGUUGGCUACAUACCGACUACGGCCGUAUGACCCACCAGCACAUUUGAGAAUGGAGGUGUUGGAUGAUGAAUGGAGCAACUUGUCCAAGGCGGAGAUGAGCCGGGGACAGUUGAUCAACGAAACUAUUAGAGAUAUCAAAGACGCCCUCCGAAAAUCCUUUGCCGACAAAGCCAACGAUUUCGCUCUUGCCCUCAACACCAUGCAACUCGCCAUCUCCGGGCUCGAAGGCGACGUAGAAGACCAGCUGCACCACGUCCGCAAGCUCUCCGAGAAUCUGCCUCCACUAGACGCUUACCUCAAGACCAUCGAGGCCGUCGACCUCAAGUGCCAGGAAGCCAACAUUGAAGAAAACGACUUCACAACCUACAGUUACGACGAGCUCUGCUACGAGCUCUCCCUCGUCAAGUCCUCCGUCUCCAAGAAGCUUGCCUUCCUCGAGAACCAGAUGGUGGCCCGCAACAUGACCAACCUGACGCCCAUCCAGCUCGAGGAGUUCGAGUCCGUGUUCCGACACUUUGACCGGGACGACACCAACUCGCUAUCCGAGCUCGAAUUCAGCGCCGCCCUGGCCUCUUUGGGCCUUGUCUUCUCCGAAGACGAAAUGCACGAGUACUUCCUGUCUACCUCCAACGGCCGCGACCGCGUCACGUUCGAGCAGUUCAUCCGCUUCAUGGUGGACGUGACCGAGGACCAGAACACGGCCGAGCAGGUGUUCCAGUCCUUCCGGGAAGUCGCCGACGGGAAACCCUACGUGACCGAAAUGGACCUGCGCCACUCCUUGGUCCCCGACGAGGUUAUCGAGAAACUCAUCGAGAUCAUCCCGAAGCACACCGGCCCGGACAUGCAGAGCGACCGCGGCAUGGAGCAGUACGAUUACAUUGCUUUUAUGGAAAAGUUGAUAUCGGAACAGGAGGGUAGGGCGGCAAGCGCAAGUAGCAGAAGGAGCAGUAGGGCGAGUGGUGUAGCCGGUGGUGGUGCGGCGGCGCCCGGGCAGAUGCCAAACCACAGCCAUAGCGCUUCGGUUGGAGGUAGUAUCAGUCAUAGUAGGCAUAAUAGCCAUGCUAGUAUCGGGGGCAAGUCGGUGCUCGGGGGAGAUAGUAGGAGUAAUGGGCUGAUGAUGUCGCCCAAGAGCCCUGGGACUCCUGGGACGAACAAGCCGAAUGGGUAUCAUUAGUAAUGAAGUGAUUGAAUCCCCUGUGCUCAUCUACUUUUCCCCUUCUCCUUCUUCUUCUUCUUCUUCUUCUUCCUUUCUUGUUUACGUAAUUCACUUUUCUUGGUGGUAUAUGGGUUUGGAUCGAAUGGGAUGGAUGGAUGAGCGAUGGAUGAUGGGUGAUGUGUUAUGGAUGGACGGAUGGAUGGAUGGAUGAAUAAGAAGAAGGGAUAGGAUACUUUGGUGGGAUGGGAGGAAUAAGGGCGGCGGGAUUUUUGUAUUGUCGGGUGGACUUUUAUAUCUUUACUUUUUCUAUUUUUGAUUGUGUUAGAUAAGAUUACAUUACACUUAGUGAUAGUUUUAAACCCAAAGCAAGCUUAUGCAGUAUGAGCAUAGCAGGGAAAGUCCGUCUCCAUACAAUUAGUGGGUUAUCCGGG